GAAGUAGCUCAGUUGCCAUAGUAGCAGUGGAAACAUAUUUAUUAUAUAACUUUUUAAUAACAAUGUAGAGAAUACUAAUUAAAGAUUAAACCUUUUUGUGUAUUGAUAUAGGUUUUCAGAAGCUAACUUCAAAUUCAAAACUAGUAAAAAUUUUGAAAAUAUGCCAGCCAAAAAUAAACCUAAAAAGGAGAAAGUAUUAAGGCCAGACCAAAGAAGAGAAUCAACAAAAGUCAGUGGUCCUCCUAAGACAUCUACAGUCAAGGGUGAAGAUGAUGAAUCUUACUUUCCAGAGUGGAAUGAAGAAUGGACAGAUAAGAAGACCAUUUUGAAACCAGUUGAUCAGGUUCCAUUAUCUGAAGAAGAACUGAAGCAAGAAGUUACACGCAUCUUGAAAGCUGACAACCCACAGGCUCCACAGAAUGUUGUCAGGUUCAGUUUCAGGGAACAAAACUAUAUGCCAGUGCUCAGUAUUCCACAGCUGAUUGUCCAUUAUGAAAAAAGAGGAAACCUAAACCCCAAGAAAGGGAUACAAGAAUUAAUACAAGCCCCUGAAGCAAAACAGCAAGAAACUCUGAAAUCACUUGUGGAAACUAUAGUAGAAUGUGAAGAACAUGAAUAUCAUGAUGAGGACAUAGAAGAAGAAGAAAAUGUGCCUCAGGAAGCUGUAUUUCAGACAAUACCUGGAAGUCUUGCUGAGGAAGAUGCAUUUAGAGAAACUAGAUUAAAAAACAAGUUUAAUUUCUAUGAACGAGCUGCACAAACUUACAACAAUCCUUACAGGGAGAGAGGCUUCCAGACUCAAACACCACCACGAAUCACAUUCUCUACCAAUGUUACUCAGUGGGAAAUCUAUGAUUCAUAUCAAGCUGACUUUGAAAAACAGGAAAAGGCCAAAGAAAAAAAAUCUGGAACACAAGUUACUAAAAAAGAUGAAGAGAAAGUAAAGAAAGAGUCAUUAAAUACUGAUAUUCAGGUAGAUGAAUUAAAUAAAGUUGAACGAGUCUCUAAGAUUGUUGAAAGAAUGGUCAAUCAGAAUACAUAUGAUGAGAUUACACAGGACUUCAAGUAUUGGGAGGAUCCAUCUGAUGAGUUUAAAGAUUUUGAAGGAACGCUACUACCUUUAUGGUGUUUCUCAGUUGUCCAGACAAAAAAACUGGCUGUCACCUCUCUUUUCUGGAACCCUCGUUACCCAGACUUAUUUGUUGUGGGUCAUGGAUCAUAUGAUUACCUUCAACAAACACAGGGAGAAAUUUGCUUGUAUUCUCUGAAAAGCCCAUCUCAUCCAGAACAGAUAUAUGAAACAGAUACUGGAGUAUAUAGCGUAGACUUUCAUCCUCAGAGGCCACAUUUGCUUGUUGUUGGCAUGUAUGAUGGAUCUGUUUCCAUAUUUAACCUGAAAGAAAAGAAGAAAAAGCCUAUUUGCAUGACUACAGAUUUUAUGAUCAAGCAUACAGAUCCAGUGUGGGAGGUGAAGUGGAUGAAUGAUGAUCUUGAUGGUAACUUAAACUUCUGCUCUGUGUCUGCAGAUGGUAGGGUUGUCAAAUGGACAGUGAUUAAGAUGGAAUUGAUUCCUACUGAGAUUGUUCUAUUGAAAGACAAAAAUCAUACACUAGAAGGGCCAGAUGGAACCCAGUUAGAAAUUGUCA